AUGGUUAUUUCACAACUGAAAUGUGAAACCAUAGUAGAGACAAAUCUGGUGGAGAAAGUAUGUCCGCAGUUUCUAAGAAGAGCAGCUACCACUGAUAACACAUGUGAUUCUUCGGAUCAUAACUCCUUCAAAUUCCAUUUUCUUCAUCUAAUUCGUGACACAAAUGCCGUUCAUCGUCCUAAACUUCUAUAUCUAUUGGGUGGAAGUGGAGGUUUUGUAUUCUUCAGUAUAGUUGAUAUAGAGAUGCCUGAAAGGACCAACAUUUCCAAAAUUGCUACAAGCAUAAAAGAAAUCAGUCCAAGUACUCUCCCUCACUAUUCGAAACUGUCUCUCAGUGUUCAAAGCACGGAUGUUACAAAUAGUAUUUAUGAUAAUGAAGCUCAGCUUUUAUAUUUGAUGACCAAAACAGGACCCCGUGGUACCCCAUCCUCCCACUGCUUCGUAUUCGGAGUGAGAGAUGUGUUCACUUCUGGACAAUCCACGAUACAACCAAUUUUCGAGUUUCCCCUCCAUAUCUCCAUGACAGGCAAGUAUUAUUGGUCGGCUGAUCCAUACUCUGACGAAAUAUAUUAUUCCACCUCUGUCACCGGAGAGCACACUUCAACACUUUUCAUGAUCAAAAGCAAGAAGUUGUUGUUUGCACUGAGAUAUGGAGAUGAUGGAAUCGUUGUAUCCCCGCCACACACGAAACGACUGCACUACAUUGUAUCAGGCAAUGUGAUGUUCAGUUAUGGUCUUGGGGACCAAUCUAUUGAAGGCCACGAUCUAGUUGGAUACAUGAAGUCUGCCAACAAUUCGAGUGAGUUCGGAAUCAGUUGCACAGCCAAAAUAAGUGAUUACCACGAACGUUUCCGUACCUUGCCGUCCUUCCAAGCCGUGAUAGUCAUUAGAGAUGUUGAUUACUGUUUGCUAAAUGGGCUCGAUGAUUAUUAUUGUAAAAAAGAAUACGAUGCCUUCAUGAUUGAUAAUGGAUAUGUUGUCGAGGAAGGAAUGAGUAGCGGAACAGUUUUCCUUCUGGUUCUUGUUGUGUUUCUUUCAAUUUUAGUGUUACUGCUUUUGUUAUGCGUGUGCUGUAUGAAAAGAAACUUGGAAAACUCUUAUUUUGAGGAGAAAGGACAGCCAACGGUCUACUAUCCGAAUUUACCCAGAAACCCAUCUUUUCUCGAUGAUUCUGUUGACACUUGGCGUCAUUAA